UCGCGGUUUGUUGGAAGCUCGCCCCGCAGCGAGUGAAUGAGGCGCGGCGAGCUUUGGCGGCGCGGGAGGCAGCGACUGGUCGCCCCCGGACGCCCCCGACAGCCGCGCCGCCGGGCUGCCUCCGCCGUCUGAGGCCGAGGUCGGGUCCGUGCGCGCCGAGGUCGGCGGCGGGCGAUGGAGCGCGGGGAUGACGCGGGGCGCUCGGGCUCUCCGCGGGAUUCUGGAGGGGAGCGGGCGUCGGCCCCGGAGGCUGCUCGCCAGGCAGAAAGAAGGAUAUGUGUUCCAGUUGAUGUACCAUGGCAGCAGGUGACAUUCAAAGAUGUAGCUGUCAGCUUCUCCACCGAGGAGUGGUCCAUGCUGGAAGGAUGGCAAAGGGAGCUCCACAAGGAAGUGAUGCUGGAAAAUUACACUUGGCUUCUCUCCCUGGGUCAUUCCAUUCCUUUGGUGGAGCUGUCGUCCUUAAUCUGUCAGCCAGAAGGAACUACUGAGGGCCGGAGCCUUGAUGGGGCUGGUGGAGAGGACAGCCCCAGUGGUGCAACAUUUCUUUUUCUAGAGGAUGCAGCAGAGAUUGAGGGACCCUGGGACCUUGAGGAGAUGAAUGAGGAAGUAGAGAGGUGCCUGACCCCAGCUAGCAAUGGGGACGGCGAGUGUCCCAGCAGCCUCCACCUUUGCGCUCUCAUGAAGCUUGUGAAGGACAUCCCAGAGUUUCUCUGUGGACACGCAAAAGCCAAUGGAGGUCCGGCCACGGCUGCCGGCAGUGGCAAUGAAGCCGAGGUGCCAAAUGGCAACGUUAAAACUGAAGCACGGCUGGAGAGCCCUCAGGGUGAUUUGCCAGACGUCUCCCUGCACCUGCCCGGUCACCCUGGCACACCGGCCAGGACCACAGAGGGAGAAGGCGGAGAGUCCCAUAUCAGAGAUGUGGCAACAAACACCGAGGUGGCAAUAGAAGAGACCCGGGCAGGACGGUUGCUGAAGUGCAAGAUGGAAGCCCUUCUCCACAGGCCCUGCCAGUCCAGGGAGCAGAAUGGGAGCCCCCAAGCAGACAGGGAGGCAGAGCCUUGUGCCACAAGAGCUGCAGACACAACCCUGGAAAGGUCCGUUGUCCAUGAUGACUGUUCAAAGGAUGGAGGGCAGAAGGAUGGAGCUGUGAGCAGGUCCGGCACUCCUCAGGCCACAGCCAGUGGCUCUCUAGCUGGCCAUGCAGCAGGAGGCAUGGAAAUGUGCAGAGCGGAGCCAGUGGCCAGAGAGGAUCUACCAGAAGCAGAAGCCACUGCAGAUUCUGGCCACCAACCCCUACUAAAUUCCUGGAAGGAAAGAGGAGCGGACUCGCCUGAUCUUCUCAGCACAUCAGACAGCACCUCUUUAUCUAGCUACUCUACUGUGGGAGAGAGGCCACUGAAUAUGAGAGUCUGUCAAGAAGGUGUUUCCAAGAACUCACCCCCAACUCUUGCACAAGGAGCGGCAGCAGAAGGGAAGCCCCUCCAAGGCCUGCUGAAGUGCCUAAAGGAACUGAUUGUCCACCAGCCCCAGAAAGCAUCCCACAAACGUUCCACAGGCAGCUGGCAACCCAUCCCAGGGCGCAAGAGGAGAGAAGUGGGGAGUGGGCAUCCCCUGAUCCAAGUAAAAAUUGAAGCCCCAGAGGAGGAGCCCCCUGCCCACAGCCCAGGAAGCCCUGGGAGAAGAGGGUCCAGCUGUCCACUUACUCCACCAGGUAGUAUUUCCACCUUCCAGACUAAAGGAGGCAGGAGAACGAAUCCUCCGGAAGCAACGGACAACAACCUAUUUGCAGCAGUUAAAGUUGAACUGAUGGCCGCCAGCCCCCCACUUCACUACCUGGACAGAUGUCAUCAUUCUCUCAGCACCCACGGAGCCACAGGCGAAGACAGGGCAGCUGACGAGACUGGAGUCCUGCAUGUUGAAAUUAAAAUGGAGGAACCAGCUGAAGAGGGGGUGCCCUUGCGAGGCCCAACGGAAGCCCCCGAGGAGGAGCGAGGCCUCCAGCCAAAUUGCUCUGGCUCUCACAGCAGCCCAGAGGCAGGGAUGGUGCCGGGACUCUGGACCCCACAUCCGGAGGCCUGGAGCCCGGUCACCAACCCUCUGCACGGCCUCCUGAACUGCCUGAAGGACAUCCCCGGGCCCCGGCCUGUGGCCUCUGGAGCGCCAGCCGGUAAAAGAGGAGGGGGAGAGAGAAGGAAAGCGGGAUGGAGAGGAAGAUUAGAAGUGCGCAGUGAGCAGGCAGCGACAGAGAAGAUAUGCCAAGUCUCAUCUCAGUGCUGCACGCCUCCUUCGCUUGCCGUCUGCAACUCUCUUCCAGAGAAUUUUCUCCUUCGAGGGCCAGAGGGCUUCCUGCCUCACCUCCCCACUGCGCUGCCCAGUGGGUACGCCAACAGCAACCACAGGCCGGACGUGGAGGCAGGGAUGACGCAAGAAGGAUUUGGCGCACCUUUGCAAGGCCUGGAGAGGUGUUCGAAGGAGCUCCCUCAUAGCCAGCCUUGUUCACCGGCCAUCAGUUCCUCUGUCGGCAGCUCCCCAGACAGACCCUCCAGGUGGAACCCAGGAAUUGGGAAACGGGCGAGGAAGGAGGAAGGCCUCGGCCGAAACAGCACCCCUCUGCAAGGCCUGGAGAGGUGCCUGAAGGACCUGCCUUUCAGCUCACACAGCCAGCCCUCUUCUCCGGCCGUCAGUUCCUCGUUCAGCAGCUCCCCAGACAGGCUCCACAUGCGGACGCCAGAGGCAGGGAAAUGGAGGAGGAAGGAGGAAGGACUUAGCCGGAACAGCACAUCUUUGCAAGGCCUGGAGAGGUGCUUGAAGGAGUUACCUCGGAACACACUGAGCCGGCCCGCUUCGCCAGCUGUCAGUUCCUCCAUCAGCAGCUCUCCAGACGGACUGCACAGGUGGACACCGGAACCAGCGAGGUGGACCCGGAAGGAGGAAGGUCUCAGCCGAAACAGCACCCCCUUGCAAGGACUGGAAAGCCGUUUGAAGGACCUUCCUGGCAUCACAACCAGCCCCGUCUUUUGGCCAGCAUUCCGCUCCCCUGCUGGCAGCUCUUCUGAUGGACAUUGCAAGCCAGAGAGGGGAGAAAGGUCAGGGAAGGAGGAAGCUGAAAAGCACCUUUUUCGAACAGGAGCAAGUCCCUUGGAGAUCCCACCCCUCCAAGGCCUGCAGAAGUGCUUGGAAGAGAUUCCUGUGAGUGGGGAUUCCUGUCCAGACUCUGCUGCUGCAGCAAGCCACUUCUCCAUCCCGGCGCUGAGGAGGACAGAGACAUCACCGCAGAGGCUGUGGGCAGGAGGUGGUCCCACAAGCAACGUCCCACCAUGUCCUGUGAGCACCUCUGGCUCCGUUGCCCCGCAAGCUGGUAUGGAAAUGUCCCCCCUCCACAGACUGAUGAACUGCCUGAAGGAGAUCCCCAUGCAAAGGCCAAGUUACCUUCAGACGCCAAAUGUCUCCUCCUCCUCCUCCUCUUCCUCCAGCUGCAGCGAAACGGAGAGAGACCGGCAGAGCCCCAGCAGCGACUGUGGCCAAGAUACGGUCCCAGGAUCUGAGGUGGAUGAAGCCAGGGGGCCAAAGGGGAUGGACUCCAGGAGGAGGAAGGAUCUGUUGAUUUGCCGUCCGUCCGAGGAGGUCCGGCGACUUCCUUCCACUCAGCAGCCUGAGCUUAUUGACAGGGGCGACCAAACACCAUUGGCUUCUCCACUCCAUGGCCUGGAGAGUUGCUUGAAGGAUAUUGCCACAAGCCAGCAGCUCCGUGCCAACAUCCCUCCUGCUGGCACCGAAAGUCCAGGCGGCGUGAUACCCGUGGGAUCCAAGGCAGGGAUUGCUGGUUCAUGUUCCACAGCUCUAGCAGACGACUUCUCCAUCCGUGACCCACCGAGCUGUCCAAAAGAUGCAGCCGCCACUGCUAGGAUGUCUGAAAGAAGCGAAGAGCGGGGCCACCUGGAAGCUUGGGUUCAGCGUCCUCAGGAUGAAGCUAAAAAGAAAGGGGCAUCAAGCCAUUCUUGCCUCCAAGGCCUGGCAAACUUUCUGGCCGAAAUACCUGCCAAGCCACCCCAUCGCUCCAAAGCGCUUCCCAGAGACGUUCCUGGCAACUCGGAGCAACGGGGAUGGGAUGUGCAGGCAAGCUUCCCCUCGGUGGAAGAAGAAAGGGCGACUGAGAGCACCCCUCUCCAGGGCCUGCUCAGGUGCCUCAAGGAUAUAACGGCAAGGGGCCCCAGUCCAUCCAGCCCGUCAUCCAGCAACUCCCCGGGCAGAAGCUUGCAGGGAGAGUCGAGGAACAAACGGACUGAGGAGGCAGCUGAGGCCAGGAGGGCAUCCUGGGAAGGUCUGGGGAGCCGCUUGCAUGACAGGCCCACGAGCACAGGCAGCGCGGCCACUACACCUUUGAGUAGUCCACGGAGGGAGGCUGUGAAGAGGAGCCCACCCCCUGAGGUUGGCGGCAGGCUCCGAGGAGCCAUGCUCAGAAGCACUCCCACUCAGGGUAACUGUCCAAAGCAAAACGGAUACUUCUGCCUCUUGAGUGGGAGAUCAGCUGCACUCAAGUUCAGUGCUCAGAGACAGACUGAUUCAAGCUCGCCCAAGAGUGGAGUGAAAAGAUCACUGACGGCAGCAAGGGACAAUGAGAGCCAAACAGCAGGUGGCACAUCGUAUGGUUUCAGAUCACAAGGCGAGGUGGAAUCGGGAUAUCCCUGCAAGAAAAGUUGCACCAGCCUAGACCCGUCUUCACCUCUCUGUAAUUGGGGGAAUGGAAAGCCUCAGGAGUGCAGGGCUGAGGUUGGUGGCGUUGGGCCUGACCUGUCUAAGAAGCUGGACCGCCUUUCUGCAGACAUGAGCGCCGUCUGCAGGGAUGUCUCCCGGCUGCAGAGUCACGUGGACCGGCUGGAGCAAAAUGCCCAGGGCUGGGUCCUCGAGCUGGCCACUCUCCGCAUGGAGAACAGGAGCCUGAGUGAGUACGUGAGGCGGAUGGAGGGCCGAUGCCGGUCUCUGGAGAACCGCUCCCGCCGCAACAACCUGCGUGUGGUUGGCCUGCCGGAGGGAGCCGAAGGCAGCGAUGCCGUCUCCUUCUUACAGAAGACUCUUCCUGCACUGCUAGGAUUGCCCUCGGAUACCCCACCCCUUGAGAUUGAGAGUGCACGCCGGGUCCAGGGGGGGGUGUCCUGGGACCCCAGUGGCAGGCCCCGCCCUCUGCUGUUCCAGCUCCUACGCUCUGCUGACAAGGUGGCCAUUUUGCAGGCUGCACGCACCCGGACCCUCAGCUACGCCAGCACACAGAUCACCAUCUUGCCGGACUUCUGCUCCUCGCUCUCUCAACGUAGGAGGGUCCCGUUUGGGACGUUCAGGAGGACCAGGUGGGCAGCCGACCUCUGCUUUGGCUCUCCGCACCCAUCCUGUUACUAUGCCUGGGCCCCAGGGCGACGGGAGCCUCUUGCCAGCUCUGGGCCCCUUGCAAGCGAGAGGGAAGGCAGGGUUUCUAAAGGACCAGGGGUGAGCACCUGGGGCACAGAUCCGUUAGCAGACCCAGUGCAUCAUGGGGGAUGCCAUUCUGCAGGGAGCUGCGAGCAACACAACGACCCCUGAUGUUGCGCUACAUGGGACAUAGGCGCUAUCUCGCUUCCAGCAGUUGCACCUGUGACUGAGUUGCCUCCACUAUGCAGUGUGUUCAGUAGCAAGACUCCCCUGCAGGACAGGAGCAGCUGGUGAAUGUUUGCACCCACGCUUAUAGCUCUGUUGACUAGAUGACCUUUGAGGUCCCUUUCAAGCUCUGUGAAGCGACAGGACAAUUCCACUCGAUUGAACUCGUAAGAAUAUCUGUCGGCCCUUUCGCAACAGAAGGCCUUAGCAGGCGAUGCUGCAUAUUGCUCUUCCUUCUUGGCAGAGGGUGCUGACAGGCAGAUUGGUCAUCCUGUCCGUGCUCUGGGCAGGGCCAGCCUUACCAUUAGGCAGGGAGCAGCAAACCCUGGAGGAGGAGUGGGCAAGAUGUUGGUGCCACGCAGACAGCCCUUCAUCCCGUUAGCUAGCCGGCUGCCCCCGGCUGCAGUGGAAGAAGCGUCCCCCUCCCCGGUGCAGACGUUAGAGUCAACAGCCUGUGUAGUCGGCUUCUGUCCGUGGCAUGGGAGGGUGCCAUCUUGUCCUUUGCCUCAGGCAGGAAAAGUUGGGGGGCCAGCCUUGAUUCCUGCUCCUGUCUAUUAACUGGAGCCACUUUGACAAGAUUAUUGGAACACCCUUCAAGGAGCCAGUUUUGACCUACAGAUGCUGAACAACUUAAGUCCCCCAUCACAAUUACGUACCACUGGGAUCUCUUCUUUCCCCCCACCCCAAAGUGUACCAUCCAUUCAAGCCUGGACAGCUCAUGCAAAUCAAGGAGGAUUUUUUUGGGGGGGGGUCACUCCAUAUCUGUUCCUCCUGAUGUUCUAGAAAAGUUCCUUUUUGUGUACUGAAGGCCUUUGGGGUUGGGCAGGCAGUUGCUGGCAAGGGAUAAUUCAGGGUCCAAGUAUGUUUAAAAAUGUGUUGUUCUUCUAUUUUUUAUGUAUUUGGUUUAAAAAAACAAACACAAUAUUUUAUAUUGGUAUUUUGUUGCUCUGUCUGCUUGUCCACCUGUCCUUCCCCAGAGCCUUUGUGGAGAGGGUUCUCUAUAAAUAUGAAAAAUAAAGAAAUGAAA